GCUGCAGACAGCCCAAAGUGAACUGUGAAGACGGAAGUGAUCCUCCCACUCGGUUUUGUUUUUUCAGACUCUGAAGUCUUUAAGAAGCUCUUCAGCAUUUUAAACAUGACAAACCACUAGUGACGCAGUUUCAUUUUCACACUGGGUGAUUUUUUGACUUUUGACUCGAGUCGUGCUGGGAGACUUGACUUUUUCUCUCUAAAGUGCCAUGGUAUCAUUGGGAAAUAGCAACAAUCACGCGGAGGGAGCUGAUCUUAAAAAUGGGUCAGAGAGGGCGAGAACACUGAAGCACUUUCCCCCGUACGGCACCAUGAGCGGGAACUCAUCAGCUGACACCUGUCCAACCUGUCGCGGCACCGGGCGAAUACCCAGAGGCCAUGCCGACCAGCUAGUUGCUGUAAUCCCAUGUAAUGAUGUCAGGCUGAAACCCAGACGCACAAAGCUGUACGUUUGCACCUCCAUGCUGGUGUGUCUCUUGCUCUCCUGUCUGAUCCUCUACUUCCUCUUCCCCCGGAGUGUCACCGUGACGCCCGUGUCGGUGCUGUCCGUCAUGGUCUACUUCAACCCAGGCACGAUUCAAAUGGAGGUCACGAACCUCAUCAACAUCACCAACGAGAACUUUGUCCCGGUUCAGCUCGUCGAGUUCGACAUCCAGUGUCUCAUUUCCGAAGUGGUGGUGGGCAAGACCAAGAUAAGUAACAUGACCUCCAUACCGUCCCGCUCACAGAAAUCGUACAUCAUUAAGAAUGAGCUGACUAUCUCUGAUACAGGAUUGUACGAUUACUGCAAGUCGACCUCGAUCCAUAUUCACACGUUGUUUCUGGAGCUGCAAAUGACAAUGAACAUUUCUUAUCUGUCGCACACGGAGCAGCUGUCUCUAGACACCUUCGAGUAUAUUGACUGUGGCACCAAUUCCACAAUCCCGCAUCCUGUGACAUGAUGAAAUGGAAAUGAAAAAAAGUGAUGAAUAUUCCGCCUGCAUUGCACCACGAUCCCGUCUGUAAGAGACGUGAGCGAGCUAAUGAUAAAUACUGUGACAGGUAUCUUUUUCUGUAUGUUGUUUUAGCAUACUGUAAGACUUAAAUCAAUCACUACAAGGAUGUGAUUAAAGAAUACAGACACUUUUACUUCAUGAAUGUUUUCUUUGUUUGACAUACAGUCAAUCUGUAUUAAAAACAAUGUGGUUUUUAGAAAGUAUAAGUGCACAGUUCUUGAAUUGAAGAAGUAAAAAGUGUAACUUUUUGUUGGAAAUUCUGCUGCUUCUAAAAUGUUUUUAAGGCUGUUUACUUUUUUGUCCGGGUGACCGAUUUUUUUAUAAAUAUCUUUUUUUUUAAUUUGAAGCCGAUGAUCUUGUCUUUUGAAAAUUUGCACUCCAUUAAAACUGUAGCAUGUUGGUG